UCCUCUGGAGAGGCAGCUCCACGAGGCCGCCCGCCGGAACAACGUCGGGAGGAUGAAGGAGCUGAUCGGGAGGAGAGUCAAUGUCAGGGCCAGAAACCAUGUGGGCAGGGUGGCCCUGCACUGGGCGGCGGGCGCAGGGCAUGAGCAAGCUGUGCGGCUGCUCCUGGAGCAUGGGGCUGCUGUGGACGAUGAGGAUGCGUUUGGGAUGAACGCGCUUCUCCUGUCUGCCUGGUUCGGCCACUUAAGGAUCCUGCAGAUCCUGGUCAACUCUGGGGCCAAGAUCCACUGUGAGAACAAGGAGGGUCUGACCUUACUGCACUGCGCAGCCCAAAAAGGCCACGUGCCAGUGCUGGCGUUCAUAAUGGAGGACCUGGAGGACGUGGCUCUGGACCACGCUGACAAGCUGGGAAGGACAGCGUUUCACCGGGCUGCUGAGCACGGGCAGCUGGAUGCUCUGGACUUCCUUGUGGGCUCUGGCUGUGACCACAGUGUCAAAGACAAGGACGGGAACACGGCCCUUCACCUGGCUGCCGCCCGGGGCCACCUGGCUGUGCUGCAGCGACUCGUGGACAUCAGGUUGGACCUGGAUGAGCGGAAUGCGGAGGGUCUGACUGCCCUGCACGCGGCUGCUGAAGGGAUCCACCCCGACUGUGUGCGGCUCCUCCUUGGGGCUGGGAGCAACGUGAACACCCUCACCCAGAAAAAGCAGAGCUGCCUCCACUAUGCAGCCCUCAGUGGCUCCGAGGACGUGGCCCGGGCCCUCAUCCAUGCAGGAGGCUGCACCAAUGUGGCUGAUCAUCAGGGUGCCUCUCCUGUGCACCUCGCUGUGAGGCACAACUUCCCUGCCCUGGUGCAGCUCCUCAUCGACGCCGGCAGUGACCUGGAUGCCACCGACAAUAGGCAGCAGACGCCCCUCCACCUUGCUGCUGAGCACGCCUGGCAGGACAUAGCUGAGAUGCUUCUCGUCGCUGGGGUUAACUUAAACCUGAGAGAUAAGCAAGGAAAAACCGCCCUGGCAGUGGCCGCCCGCAGCAACCACGUCAGCCUGGUGGACAUUAUCAUAAAAGCCGAUCGUUUCUACAGAUGGGAGAAGGACCACCUCUCAUGCAGGGAUCCCAGUGACCCCUCUGGGAAGAGCUUGACCUUUAAGCAGGACCAUCGGCAGGAAACACAGCAGCUCCGUUCGGUACUGUGGCGAUUGGCCUCCAGGUACCUGCGGCCCCAUGAAUGGAAGAAGCUCGCGUAUUGCUGGGAGUUCAGCGAGGCCCACGUCCACGCCAUCGAGCAGCAGUGGACAGGCACCAAGAGCUACCGGGAGCAUGGCCACCGGAUGCUGCUCAUCUGGCUGCAUGGUGUGACCACUGCCAGCGAGAACCCCAGCAAAGCACUGUUCGAGGGCCUUGUGGCCAUUAGCAGGAGGGACCUGGCUGGUAAGAGUGUCCUCUGCCCGGCUCCUGCUCAGGGCAGGGCCAGGCCCCAAGGUCAGAGCUGCAUGGCCCUGCUGGAAUGCAGCAGGGCCCCCAAAGGGCUCCUCAGACCACAGUGAUGUGAUGUGAGCUCUGAUCCUUCCAGACUCCUAGUCCUGGUUCUACCUCCUUCUGGAACUCAGGCGGAGCCUUGGGGAAAUCACAGUGCCUCCUGGCCCUGGUUUCCCCAUCUGUGCAAUGCAGGUAUUGGCCCAGAGGACCCAGAGGACCUGUGACCUUCAUAGCCCCAAAGCCACAGAUGUUAUCAUCUCUUUCUCUCCAGCCCUCUAUACCUUUUUUUUUCUUCCAAUUUGGAGUAAGGCUGGAACAGCCAGCAGACUUCUUUUUCACAGACAUUAAGACAUAUGGGCCAGAACUAGCUUAAUAUCAGUUGAACCAAUCAGAUCUGGUCAAAUAAAAAUUUUGAGGCCACCACAACCUAUUUGAGUCUGUCAAUCUCUAAUCCUGGCUUGGAAUUCAGGGCAUCCCAUGGAACCAUCAGGCAAGUGGGAUAAAAGGGUCUAGUGCUAAUCCCUCAUUUUAAAGAAGAACAGCUCAUGAUGACAAAGCCUUAACACCAUCAUGUCCAUUGGCAGGGUGGGUUGCAGGGCGACCACAGGAUGGGUAUUAGGCAGUCACCCAUAGUAAUAAAGGCUGUGGCAGUCGUGCGGUAACAGGAAAAUCACUGAUAGCUUGUUAUUGAGGGGAGAAUGGAAAGCCCCUUGCAUGGUGGCGACCUUGCCUGCGGCAGCUGUGAAAAAACAGUCAUUUCAGAGUGGAGGAGUUGGGCAUGACUCUUUUCUUUUUCCAAAAUGUUCUUAAAUAUUAUUGUUGCAUCUUCUUUUAACACAUCUGGCAGGCAAUUAAAACCUAAAACCAGCUCUGUGAGGCAGAGCUUGGGCAACAUGAGGCCAUAGGAUUUUCGUCUUUUGCAGAAAGCAUCAGGAAGAAAGCAAAUGCAGACCCCAGUGCCCCCAGGAGGUGCACAGCCAUGUAACCGGAGGGGCCAGACCUUCAGGCGCAUAGGACCUCAGAAUGGGGCCACCGAACAGAAGAGGCCCACCAUUUAAGGGCUUUUUAAAAAUCGUUGUUAACAGAUCUCCAGCUGCUUCUACUGAAACGCACAGUCAUGCAGGACGAGCAGCCCAUGUUCGUCAUCUUUUUCACCAGCGUUGCUCCAGGGCCCUCUUUCAGGUUUUGCAGCUCAUCCCUUCCCACAGGUAUGGUCCUUUGCAGCUCUCAGCUCAAUUUCAUCUCCAUUCUCUCCUCGGAGCCUCGCAGCAGUCCCCUGAGAUGCAAGGGGCCUCUUUUCAGAGAAGACACUGGGGAUCUGGAUAGAUAAGCAGCUAAUCAGGUGGUGAGGUCAGGUGCCAAACUCAUCAGCAUUUCUGUCUCCCCGACCUGGGGAAAGGGCUCCACCCAUCACUUACAGAAGGGACCGUCCUUAACUCAUUCACGGGACUUUAUGAAUGCUGCGCUUACUCCACCACUGUUUCUCUUCACAAGCUUAUCUGUACACUUUGACAGUUCCAGGAGGCACACACUCUCCUUUUUCUCUCAUUUUACAUUUUUUGAAGUUUUAAAACUUUUUAUUUUGAAAUUACACUUACAAAAAAGUUGCAGAAAUAGUACAAAGAAUUUCCAAAUACUUUUCACAAUACAGCUUCCCCCAAUGUUAACAUCUGACAGAAUCACAAUAUAAUUUUCAAAAUCAGAAAAUUAACACUACAUCCCACAACUAGAAGGACAUGCAACUAAGAUAUACAACUGUGUACAGGGGGGUUUGGGGAGAUAAAGCAGAAAAAGAAAAAAGAUUGGCAACAGUUGUUAGUCCAGGUGCCAAUCUUCAAAAGAAAACAAAAGAAAAUUAACACUGAUGCAACACUGUUAACCCAUCUUCAGACCUUAUUCAAAUUUUGUCAGUUGAGCCAUUCACGUCCGUUUUCUGGACCAGGAUCCAGUCCAGGAUCACACCUUGCAUUUAGUUGUCAUUCUUCUCGUUUUUAAUAGCCCCAAAUAAAGGGUCACCUCUCUAGAGCAUCAGUAUCCAGUAAAACUUCCUGCGAGGAUCGGAAUGUUCCAGGUCUGUGCUUUCCAAUAUGUUUGCCACUAGCCAACUGUGGCUAUUGAGCACUUGAAAUGUGGCCGGUGGGACUCAGGAACUGAGUUUCUACUUUAAUUAUUUGACAUUUAAAUAGGCACUUGGGGCAAGUGGCAACUGUAGUGGACAGCACAGCUGGUCUGGCCCUUUGCUUUUAGGUACCAGGCAAGCACAGGUCAUCGCGAGGCUCGGCUGCACCUGUAGGAGAGGGUGGUUCCAGGGAAACAUGAUUCUGGAAGCCUCAGGGUCUCACAGAACGUGGAGGAUGCCUGUGUAGGGUGGCCUGGAAGUUCUGCCUGAGAGCUGUUUCUGUCUGAUUUGAGCUCUCCUGCAUGUGGCACAGCUGGCUGUGGCCAGUUUAGGAGCCCACAUCUUAGAAAAACUCCCCACCAAGUUACCCACUGGGCCUGAGUCCUGGGAAGGAGAGAGAAUAAAAACCGCUAGAGCUGAAAGGGGCUCCCGUUCUCACACGUGGCCGGUGGGAGUUCACAAUGGGACAAUCCCCUCGUCUACUCAUCUACUAAAAGUACAAAUGCAUUUACCCUUUGACCAAAGCAAUCCCAUGUCUAGGAAUUUAUCCUACAGAUAAACCUGCGAACAUUGUACUAACACGAAAUCAAGCUAAGACAGGGGAAACUGCUGGGGAGAGGAGUGUAUGGGAACUCUGUCCUAUCUGCUCAGUUUUUUUUUUGUUUUUGUUGUUUUUAAAGAUUGGCACCUGGGCUAACAACUGUUGCCAAUCUUCCUUUUUUUCUUUUUUUCUUUCUGCUUUAUCU